UGGCCCCGCCCCUCCCGUUGCGGCCCUAGCAACCACAUCCGGGGCUCCGCCGGCGCCGUUGCCCGGGUAAUUUUCUGGCUCCGGCCGGAUCACAGAGGGGUGUGCGCGCGGGUCCCGAUGCGUCUGCCGGAGCUGGGAGCUUGGGAAGGGCGCGCGCGGGUCUGGUCUUGAGUGGUCGGAGGUCUCCAGAAGCCCUCAGCAUCCCUUCUUUUUUACUUAUACACCCCAGCCUCACGCGUUAGGCGUUCCCCCUGCAGAUGGUGAGCCGGCGGCGGGAAGGUGGAGGUGGACGUAGCUCGCUGCCACGCGUACCACAGGAGAGCCAAAGCUUCUUUCUCAGCUGCUGGAGAGCACUUAGAAGGUUGUUUCAGUCCCGCGGCGGGUGGGAGGGUGGAGGGAAUGCGGGGUUAAGGGAACAGACGGGAUGCGGGCGCCCCACAAUCGCUUCCCCAGUGCCUGGAGCGCCCCACUCCGGCUGCGUCGCUCACGUCCACCCACUUCAGGAAGACCAGACCCCCAAGCCUGGCAUCCCUGAGUUCUUGUCACUUGCUGUCUUUGUGAUCACUUUCUGCACUGCUCUCUCGCUAACGGUGGAUCCCGGAUACUUUUCUUUCCUGCUCCUCUUUCUUUAUCCGUAUGACUGAUUUCUGCUUUAUUUGCCCGUCCCAUUUCUUCUUAAGCAGAUCACUGCCCUCUCUACGGAAACCGCCGAACAAUCCUUUUUCUCAGAGCCCUUUGUAGUUUACUAAGUUGAGACCCCGACCUGUACUUUGGAUACUCUCCCCAUCCCCGGAACUGAAUGGAGGCAAUGUAUGGCUGUGCAGUGGUGCUAGACAUACCUGAAGCUCGUUUGCCUACAGUACAUACAGUUGAUCCAUCCACAUUCAUCCCCCUUCAAGGCUCCGGACUGCAUUUCCUUUGACAGCCUUGGGUGCUCAUUUUUACCACUUCACUUGUAGAAAUGCGAAGAGUAACGGUGCAUUCCGUAGAAUUUACCAUUCAUUUACGGUCUAAAGACCGUACUUCUUACCUCCUUUAUUUGUCAUACUAGUUGAUGAUACAUUUUUAGUGGCUAAGUGCCCAAAGGCAGAAUUCUGCCUUUACAAAUUCUAGGGAGUUUCAGCAUAGUGAAUCGUAUAUCCCUGUACAAAUAUCUUCCCCAUAGCCAUAAAUGGUUAAUACCCACGACAACGCAAAUGUGUCAGAAGUGAAUAACAAUAUUUAUCAGCUGAGAUCUCCAGGAGACUUCCUCUGACAAAAACAGUACUCAAGUCCCAAAAUGUAAAUCUAUGUAUAAAGGACCCUUAUCUUAAGUGGCUCUGUCCCUAACAAAAGAGAAGAGCAAAUAUUUAUGCUAGUUCACUUAAACUGUAUCUUCAGUUCUAUAGCCCACUGUGGAGUUUUCUGUUUAGAGCCAUCCUGUUAGUCUUUUCAAUUGUAAGAAAAGGAUCCCAAUCUAGAAUAAUUACUGCCGUUCUUGUAUAGGAACAGAAUGGAGCAUAGUAGCAAAGUGCAAGUAUUCUUAGAGUUCUGGAAGGGUGACUAGGAAGAGGUGCAUGGCUGAGCUCAGUCGUGCUUGAAUGACCUGUAGGUGACUGAGUUGGCUGGUGUCUUAACGAUUCCUGCCAGGUGUCUCUUGAGUUCAGGAAUGCUUAACUUCAUUAGAAUCCGUCAGUUAUUAAAUUAGGCUCAGAGGUGUUUCUUACAUUGGAAGGGUGGACGCUUGCUUUAAUUAUUUGUCCUUAGCUGGAUAGUUUCCUUGGCAGCUGCUGGCGGUUUUGCUAGAGAUUCUGAUGGACUUGGAACCACUUGGAACUCAUCCUAAUUUCUGUUUAGUGAAGGUGCUGUUAAUCAUGUUAGGUACUUUGGUCAAUGCAUUUCUGGUACUGUGCAUGAUUAGUCCUCAUGCAUAGUACAGGGCGACACACAGGAUUAAUCUUCCCAUGACUUCUGCUGCUCCGAGGGAAAUUAGAAUGUAGGUUGGCUCAAAGAAAACACUGGAAGCUACUUCAGCUGGUGAUGGAACACAGUGAAAUACUAUGAACUUUAUUUUGGAAAAAGAAAGCAGAAGCUGGUAUUUUUUGAUUUGGGGGAAAUUUUUGAUUCUAACAGAAAGUUCUUAUUUUAAAUCUAACUCUGCUUAGAUGGAGACCUACCUUCCUUCCUUUCUCUCUCUCUCUUUCUUUUCUCUCUUUUUUUUUUCUCUCUCUCUCUCUCUUUUUCUUUGCCCUAGAAUUUGGGGAAUUCUGCCUGCCCAUUCUCUUUAGGAAGAAUAGAAGAUUACUACUUUUCUCUAAAUUGACAUCUGUGUUUGGAGAGGUAAGAAAAAAGAGGCAGAAGAUAUACCGUCAGGUCCUAGAAGGAGUCUACCACUUUCUUCUCUACCCUGAAGAGACUUGGAAAUUAAUGGGUAACAUUUUGCAUGAAAAUUACUGAAUGCUAUUCCUUCUUAUCUCUGAGGCCUUCUGUGGAGAAUUAAUAGGAGGUUGAGUGUGCAUGGAUAAAAUGGAUCAUCUUAAAGGAUUGAAGUUCCAAAAAUAUAUCAGCAGGACUGGACAGGUUUGACAUAAUGAGAUUUCUAUUUUAGCUUGACUUCUGGAACUCUGAAUAAACUAUAAACUGAGCUGCACAGGUCCUGGGAAGGAAGUUUCUCUUCUAAAAUAUUCUAGUUGCAUAUAACAUUUUCCUUAUUCAGAACCUUUGAAAAAAUAUAUUUACAUCUCAAUUUCCUGAGAAUUAAGACUAAUAGACACUUGCCAACUUUUAAUAUAUGAAGCGGGAUAGAAAGCAGGAAUUUGUAUCAUUUUGGAAAAGAAAUUUAAAGAAACAGACACCAGAAAGACGAGGAAUCUCUACAUAAGCACUGGUUGAGAUGGCAGAAGCUUCUGUGGAUGCCUCGACUCUGCCCGUAACAGUGAAGAAAAAGAAAAGUUUAUCCAUUGAAGAAAAGAUCGACAUUAUAAACGCAGUAGAAAGUGGCAAGAAAAAGGCAGAAAUUGCAGCUGAAUAUGGAAUAAAGAAAAAUUCACUGUCUUCUAUUAUGAAGAAUAAAGACAAAGUUCUAGAAGCCUUUGAAUCUCUGAGAUUUGAUCCAAAGAGAAAAAGACUGAGAACUGCUUUUUACACAGAUCUGGAAGAGGCAUUAAUGAGGUGGUAUCGAAUUGCUCAGUGUCUAAAUGUACCAGUUAAUGGUCCAAUGCUACGUCUAAAAGCUAAUGAUUUUGCACAGAAACUGGGACAUAAUGAUUUUAAGUGCAGUAACGGUUGGCUGGAUCGCUUUAAAUCCAGGUACGGUUUAGUAUUCAGAGCUCAACCUGUGGAAGCUACAGGUGUUUCAGUAGACCCUUCAACUGUCUGGCACCAAAAUGUACUUCCUUAUUAUUUAAAUGAUUAUCAUCCUAAAAAUGUUUUUAAUAUAAAAGAGACCGGGCUGCUUUAUCGAAUGUUACCUACAAAUACAUUUGCAUUUAAAGGAGAAACCUGCUCGAUUGGAAAGUUAUGCAAAGACAGAAUAACUCUAGUGGUUGGGACAAACAUGGAUGGCUCAGAGAAACUUCCUUUGCUCAUCAUUGGAAAACACAGAAAUCCACAUUGUUUCAAAGGUAUAAAAUCAUUGCCUGUGUGUUAUGAAGCUAACAGGAUGGCAUGGAUGACCUCAGAUGUGUUUGAACAAUGGAUGCGGAAGCUCGAUGAGAAAUUUCAAGCCCAGCAACGAAGAGUGGUGAUCUUUGUUGAUUCUUUUCCUUCACAUCCAGAGGUAAAGAACCUAAAGUCCAUUGAGUUAGCAUUCUUUCCGUCAUGUGUAUCUUCCAAAUUUAUAGCUAUGAAACAAGGUGUUAUUAAAAGCCUUAAAAUCAAAUAUCGACACUGUCUUAUCAAAAAAUUUUUAAGCUCUGUUGAAGGCAGCAAAGAAUUUACAUUUUCCCUACUAGACGCAGUUGAUACUUUGCACCUUUGCUGGAGGGCUGUAACCCCCGAGACUAUUGUUAAGAGCUAUGAAGAGGCAGGAUUCAAAUCUCAAAAGGGAGAAAGUGACAAGACAAAUGCAGAGACAGACACUGGUCUUGAUUUGGUUGCCCAUGCUCAGGCAGCAGGUGUGGAAUUUCCUGAAGGUUUAUCUCUAGAAGAGUAUGCUGCCCUUGAUGAUGAUUUGGAGACCUGCGAAGCGGCACCAAAAGGUGAUUCUGUAUGGACCGAAGAGAGUAAAUCAGAUGAAACUGGGCUUUAUACUUCUGAUGAAGAGGAUGAUGGUGGAUCUCUAGGAACUGAGCUCCCUUUACCAUCAAAAAAUGAGGCCAUAACUGCUUUAGAUACUCUUAAAAGUUUUCUUAGAAGUCAAGAUAUGAAUGAGGAGCUUCAUAAUUCUUUAGCAGACCUUGAAAUUUUUAUUAACUCAUCAUCUAAAUAAUUAUUUGUGGUAUAACAUCUUUUCCUAAUGUAUUUUACUAGAUAAGGUAUAUGAAGGGAAACUACCACUUAAACACAAAAAAUUUAAAAACUAGCAAUCUUUAGUUUAAUUGCACAUGUCUUUGACCUGAAUAGCAAAGUUGCCCUAGGUAGAUUAAAUAAAGAGUAAAUAAAUGAAAAAUAUGAAUUUCAACUUACCAAGGUUUUGGGGAGUAGAAACUGUAUUACAGAGGCCUUGUACUUGAAAUAUAUGGUACAUAUGUCAAAAAUAGAAAACUCUCCAGCUAUUUGAUUCAUACAGGUUGAAUUGGUGAUUGCUAUUUUUCUCUUUUUUUUUUUUAAAGCACAAAUCAUGUUCUAGAAUAUUUUAAUUUAUCUACCUCGUCUAGGAAAUAAAAUAUCUAUUACUUAGAUAUUUAUUUUUAUAAAGACAUAUUCUAGCCUCAUAUCAAGUAUUAAUUUUAAAUUACUUUAUUUUUCUUGUAACUAGUUUAUCUUGCUAACAGGAAAUUAUGAAUAAGCACUGAAAAUAAAACCUGACCCAAUUAUAUACCAAAAUGAUUAAAAAUAUAUGUCUCACUACUUUCCAGUUAUUUCUAUAUAAGGUCAAAUGAAAGACUAUGACCUUAUCAGAUUCUUUCUGUCAUCUAUAACCAGAAGAUGAUAUAGUUUCUUCCUAAUAUUUAUACGUAUGUGUGUACAUUUAAUAGAAAAAUACAUUACUGAAACAUUUGUUAAAUUCUUAUAUUUUAAUAAGAUUACUCUUGAAAAGUAUAUAUGAAGAUAUAUAUGCAGUUACUAAAAAAGAAAAUAUCUUAUGUGGUUCUUAUGUUUCUAAUUUUAACAGCUGAAACUUUUAA